CAGGGGAGGUAGUGUCGCUGGCGCUCUAUUCGGCGCGCGUAUUCACGUACGUUACGUAAAUCCAAUAUAAAAUGCCAAUGACUUAAUCCGAUCGUAUGCUUAGUGUAGUGUUUAUGGGAAAAUUAAGUGUUAUUGUGUUGAAAAUGUCCGUGAAGGAUGUUAUUUUGGAAAAAUGUUGAAGACUCUUCGGUCGCGAUGUUUGUUUUGUUUGCUGUGUAUGGCUUUAUAUUUUUGUGUCACUGAUGGAUUGAUAGAAAUUGUUGAAGAACAACGAUGCAAUGAUUUCGAGUUCCGGCUGACCUGUCGAGAUUUAGAUUCACAUAUAGCAGUACUGGAAGCGUGGUAUACUUCUACAGACGAUUAUCAUCAUUUCUCGAAUGAAACUCAUGCCAGCUACUCAAUUAAAACGCAAAAUGACACAGAACUCGAUAAAGUUUACGUAUAUACUAGUCCUAAACACAACGGCGUGUAUGAGCUAACAAAUCAUUCUAUAUUUGAAAAUUACACGAACUUGAACACUUCGUUCGAAUUUGAUUCGAGAUUAAAUGACACUUUAGUGAAUGAUACAAUGGAUAGUGUGGAUAUGUCAGUGGAUUUUAUGAAUGUGAGUGAGGGGUGUGGUGUAGUGUCGUAUGCGCGUAGUUAUGCAAGUUGGCGGGAAGGUGAUAAGCGACGAAGACUUAUGUCGAGAGAGACAUCAAUCAACCUACGAGCUCCAGUGAGUUACAGAUGUACGGGUGUGAACCACUGCAGUUUCGUGUUGGCGGAAGAUUAUCCGCCUUCAACGAAAUGGGCACCAGGUGUCGUGUACAUCAAAUACGCUUGUUUUGAUGAUUCCCUGUCAGUCCACUAUUGCAACCGCGAAGUUCGUGUGUCAGAGCGAGGCGUGGAGAGCGAGGGGUACAUCCGCACGCCUGGGUACCCCCACUUCUACGUGGGGGACGAGUGUAGAUGGAGACUGCGGGCGCACCCGGAGCAGCGGAUACGGGUCACUCUGUUAGAUGUUAGCUUGAGGAGCGUUGGUCCGUUUGAAUCAAACUGCACUGAUUACGUAGCUGUAAAAGAUUCAAACGGUGAUUCUCUAUACACAAGUUGUGACCAAGUGGAUACACCGCUCCGGUUGCUGUCGACUACGGAUACCGUAGAAGUAUUAGUUGAAGCUAAGUCUAAAGGCGCCUUCCCUAAAAGAGGCGUGUUGUUACAUUAUAAAAGUAUAAAUUGUGUUACGUUACCAGCGCCAUCUAACGGCUACAUCGUGUACAGAAAUGAAGACGUAGCCCACUAUAUGUGUAACGUUAAUUAUGUUUUUGUUGAUACGCGACAGAGGGCGCGGUUGUUAUGGUGCUAUGAUGAUAAUAGAUGGAAUGACACGGUGUCGGAUUGUAUAGAAGAGACGACACCCAGUGUAGUCGUCGCGAACGAUUCUUCACCGGAAAUCGUCAAUAAAGAUACAAAGCUGCCGCACAACGAAGGAAACAUGAUAGUUGACAUCGUCAUCCCGUCGCUGCUGAUAGCUGCAUUAUUCAUCGGCAAUGCAUUCAUUGUGCUUAUUAUAUACAAAUAUAGAAAACGUGCUCAGCAAGGCGAGCAGAGCGGCAGCAAGAAAAUUUAGAAAAUAAAUAUUCAUUGCAGCAUCUUUAUUUGAAAACUGAUGAUUUGGAAGACGAAUUCAACACAAUACCCCUGAACGUGAACGGCAACGUGCAUAGCGCUGGCAACGCGGUCUAGUCCCCCUCCCAUACUGGUUACACUCGAAGAUAAAGCUACGUCCACACGGAGCCAAUGAUUAACCAAUGGUAUGUCCGAACGGAGCUAAUGAAUAACUUGUGAUGUGUCAAACAUGAGCCGAUUGAAAACUAAUGGUAUGCCCACGCAGAGCUGGCGAACGACCAAUGCUAUCUCCAUAUAAAGCUAAUGAUCGGAAAAUGAAGUGUCCAUACGGGUCUUUAAGUAAUGGUGGGACAACAUGAAUCUGAACAGGAUGUAAAGCGGUUGCACAAAUAUCGUCAGUGUUGUUUGGUUUCAAAUCUCCAAGAUCGGACCGGGUGUUUUACUGUUAGAUCUGCUUAUUUAACACCAAAGACAUUCUUCAUCACAGUUUAAUUUUAAGAUGUGUCAAAUGCGGAGAUCUAACGAAAAUCCACUUUUCGAGCUCUGUUUGGACGUAGCGUAACGUAUUACACAAAUCUAGCAGUGGCGCGUAUAAUUAAAAGUAUUAUUAUUUAGCGUCUCAUAAGGCUUUUCGAGAAAUUUCAGAAAUAAAAGUCCUGCUCUAAUUAAUCUUGUUGGCCUUUGUAAAUUGCCAGUCGGGUGGGUGUAGAUAAAAACGGGCACUUAACUUAAUUUUUCUUUUAUUCUGAAAGUAUAUACAAUUGCGUAGUUGUUUUUGCGCCAAACUACCUUCAAUAAACGUAAGUCUUCUUUAAGAGUUUUGACAAUAAAUUUACUCUAAAAACUUCCCUGCUUUUUGUCUGAAAACAGAAUAUUUGAUGAAAAUUUGUUUGUAAACGCUGAAUUUGUGUUCGAUUUAAUAUUCUCGUGCUUUGAGGUUUUUGAUCUCGAUCAAAAAUACACCGCGUUCGGGGUGUAUUAUGAAUUAUUGAUGUGCCUGAAAACGCGGAAAUGCCUACCUGUGAAUUGUAUUACAUUUUCGAGUGUAACCUGUAUACGAAGUCGGGUAGGCUGUGGAUGAUCGAUCGCCCGGUCGUUCGUGCAUAGCCGGCCUUAAUUUAGUUACAUUAUUUAUUUGUUAGAUACCUCAUAGUAGAUCAUCGUCCAGUUUUUGAUGGGAAUUACAUUUUGCCCUUUAUUUAUAUGUAGCCACAAAUAUUUUUGGAUAUCUCGCAGUUCAACGAAGUUGGAUCAAAGCUGCAAGUUGCGAAAUUAAUAUCGAAAAUUGUUUCAAUAUUUACCUGAAAUAGUUUCUGAACUUUCACAUGAAUAAUUUAGCUACAGAGAUAUGUUGUAGUAUGUUAGGAUCCUCUCAAAGUUACCAUUCUUAAGUUUGAGUGUUGAAAUCAAAAUGUGACUCACAUCAAACAAAUCCCUUUAGCGUUUAAGUAAGGACUGAUAUUAUUAUUAAUACUCGGCUGCGAAUUGUCUACAAAAUGAACCUUUAUUGGCUUUCGGUCAUAAUGCUGUGUACACACGAAAUCAACGAAGGUCAGCGUAUACUCUGACGGUUAUUUUGUGCGUGUUACAGAAUUUUUUUUGGAUCCAAUAUCUGGAAAUGAUGCUUGUUAUAGCUCAGGAUGUUAUGCCUGUAAAGGAAAUCGAUAGAGAAGUAAAAAUCAUUGUGGGGAAUAAGACUUUAUUGUUUAUUGUGGUACUGUAAUCAACUAACUGCAGUCCCAGAGUUCUGCUCGCGUGAUGACUCGCUAAAAAUGGCUCUAUGACAUGCUAGCUCAUAAUCUAUAACCGAUCUGCAUAUGAAUUUUAUCUAUUUUUCUGUGUUUGCGUUAAGCAACAAACAAUACGUUUAUAUUAAUGAAAACUUGCGGAUUUUAUCAUAUGUAUAGAAUCUAUAUCGGAGUUUUUAAUGUCGACAUAAUUGUCUCACGCCUCAGACAAAAAUUCCAGGAAUAAACGCCGGUCCUUUGUUAUUUUCGGGCGUGUUCAGUCCAAAGGGGUUCGUUUUGCAAUACAUUCGAAGCAUCAAAGCUGUUAUUUUCGUUAGCACACACUGCCUAUCAUUUUCACUGUCAAUUCCUUAUUGCUUCAUAGCGAUUCAUGUAUGUACCUUGUUUCUCCAAAUUGUUAAUGUAUUUAUAUUCGGCGGAGUAUGUAAGUAUCUGUAAUUAAUAAAGCACUAUCUUUAA